AUGACUUGUCAACCUUCUUCUCAGCUGGAUUCAACGCAUUACGAUAAUUGGCUCACUGCCCAAGCUAAAUCAAGACACCCAUCAGCUAUCAGAGCCCUUUUCCCGCUUGAGAAUAAGCCUGGUAUGAUUUCUUUGCUGGCUGGUAAACCAAACCCAGAAACAUUCCCCUUUGAAAACAUCACAGUCUCCCUUAAGCCUGUUUCCCCGGGAGCUCCCCACCCGAAACUUGAAAUCAAUGCAGGUCCAGAUCUCGCGGAGGCAUUACAGUACACUGCUACAUGUGGUCUACCAAGACUUCACAAAUUCGUUUCUGACCUCCAAAACCACGUUCACGGCCGUCGUUGUGAGGCAGGUGAGGAUGAUUUCGCAAUCACAAUCACAAACGGUUCCCAAGACGCUUUCACAAAGGCAUGUGCUGCACUAAUUGAGCAAGGUGACUACGUUCUUAUUGAGUCACCUGUAUACACGGGCGCCAUCCCAGAAAUGACCAUCGCUGGUGCUCAGUUUGUUGAGAUUGAGUGCGAUGAGCAGGGCAUGUCCGCUGAGAAACUAGCGCAAGUCAUGGACAACUGGCCACAAGACAAACCACGCCCAAAACUCGUCUACACUGUCCCCACUGGUAACAACCCAUCUGGUGCUUCUGCCGGUAAACAAAGGAAAGUAGAUAUACUCAACCUAGCACGCAAACACGAUUUCCUUAUUCUUGAAGACGAUCCAUACUAUUUCCUCACUUUCGACGGUGAGAGGGUGCCUUCUUACUUUGCACUGGAGAAGCAACUCGGCGGGGAGCGCGGCAGAGUUCUGCGACUCGAUUCGAUGAGCAAGGUUCUUUCAUCGGGGAUCAGAAUUGGCUGGGCAACAGGACCACAGGAGAUAAUUAAAGCGAUGGAUCUGCACACUUCAGCUGCAAAUCUUCAACCAAAUUCCACAUCACAGGCUAUAGUACAGGCAUUAUUUGCGCACUGGGGAAUAGACGGACUGCUCAACCAUGUGGCGCGAGUUGCAGACUUCUAUAGAGUCAAGCGCGACGCUUUCGAGGGCGCAGCUGCUAAACAUAUGAGCGAUAUCGCUAGCUGGGUGACCCCAACUGCCGGAAUGUUCCUGUGGCUUAAACUGGAUUGCGACGACAGCAACGAAGUGAUCAAAGAGAGGGCAAUCAACAACGGUGUAAUUGCCCUCCCAGGUGUGGUCUUCUACCCAACUCCGCGUGUCACCCCAUACACACGGCUGAGCUACUCGAUGGCGUCGAUAGAAGAUGCCGAGGAAGCUUUCAAGAGGUUGAGAAGGACUGUGUUUGAGUAUAAGGGGGUGGAGGAUCCCAAGUGA